UUCCGUGCUCGAGCGGGCAUACAGCUCUGUGAACUGACAGCGAUACGCAACAUGGAGUGGCGCAGCUUCUUUUAAAAUUCAUACAGUUAAAACAGUGGAGAGUCAGCUUCCGUUAAGUAGUCUUUGGCGAAAGAGACCAUUUCGACGCUCAGACAGAACAUAAGGAUGGAGGUGGAAAACCGAACCAACAGUUUUGAGUAUGCCGAGCGGAGCAAGGCAAUUAAUGGUUUCUACACAGAUCACUCCCUCCACUCUGACCAGAAUGAUGGAAUUGAUGGACUAAAGGAGCACCAUUUAGAUGAUCAGGCUGACCAGCGCUCCUGCCUCAUCUGCGGUGACCGCGCCACCGGCCUGCACUAUGGCAUCAUCUCCUGCGAGGGCUGCAAGGGCUUCUUCAAGCGCAGCAUCUGCAACAAGCGCGUGUACCGCUGCAGCCGCGACAAGAACUGCGAGAUGUCGCGCAAGCAGCGCAACCGCUGCCAGUACUGCCGCCUGCUCAAGUGCCUGCAGAUGGGCAUGAACCGCAAAGCUAUCAGGGAGGAUGGGAUGCCAGGUGGAAGAAACAAAAGCAUUGGGCCAGUACAGAUCUCGCACGAGGAGAUUGAGCGCAUCAUGACUGGUCAGGAGUUCAAGGAGGAAGCCGGCCUGGCGGAACACACCUGGAGCAAUAACGGAGACAGCGACCACAGCUCCCCUGACAACGGCGUCUCCGAGGGCAACCAUCCCUCCCCCAUCUCUACCUUGUCCUCCAGCCGCUCGCUGGAGAUGAACGGCUACUCUGCCUACAGGGACCAGUACGCGGGCACCCCCGUGCCCCCUCACUACCAGUUCCUCCCGCACCUUUUCGGCUACAGCACCCAGACGAGCCUGCUGCCCACUCCUGCCCGGAGCCUGUACCCCCAGUCCCAGACCCUGGUGUCCCAGCUGGUGGCCGCAGAGGACCUGGCACCACUAGCCACACCCAUGCUGAUCGAGGAAGGGUACCGUGUGACUCAGGUGGAGCUCUUUGCGCUGCUGUGCCGCCUGGCGGACGAGCUGCUCUUCCGGCAGAUCUCGUGGAUCAAGCAGCUGCCGUUCUUCUGCGAGCUGCCCAUCGAGGACUACACGCGGCUGCUCAGCGCCACCUGGCAGGAGCUCAUCCUGCUGGCCAGCCUCACCAUCUACAGCCCGCAGAUCUUCGGAGACCUGGCCCACAUCACCACCAAGUACACGCCCACCGACGAGGAGCUGCAAGGGUUUGGCGAGGACAGCAUGGAGGUGAUGGAAAGGCUCAUCUACUUCUUCCGCAAGUUCCACCAGCUGAAGAUCAGCAACGAGGAAUACGCCUGCAUGAAAGCCAUCAACUUCCUCAACCAAGCAGACAUCGCCGGUCUGACCAACGCAGGCCAGGUGGAGCAGUUGAACAAGCGCUACUGGUACGUGUGCCAGGACCUGACCGAGAGCAAGUACCCACACCAGCCCAAGCGCUUCCCUGAGAUCAUGAUGUGUCUGCCAGAGAUCCGCUGCAUCGCAGGUAAGAUGGUCAACAUCCCCCUGGACCAGCUCCCUCUGCUGUUCAAAGCCGUCCUCCACUCCUGCAAGUCCAACGCGAGCAAUCUCAGCACAGUGUCCUCCCCCGGCCUGACCACUCGAGCCGCUCCUGGAAACUGAGCCACGCCUCCUUAAACCUACCGUCGAAUAGGAGGAGAGAGAGCCGCAGAGGAGGGAGGGGCAAUGCUGACAAGCCACCUCCCUCCCUUGCGGCCCAGUGUGUGAAUGUGCCGAGCAGCUGUUGUUUUUUUUUUUCUUUCUCUCUCUCCUUCAUAAUUUUUUUAAAAAAAAAACAAUGUUGUUUUUGUCCUCUAUAUCUAUUUAUUACACGACAGAGAUGAAUGUAUGAUUCUCUAUGCUGUGCACAUGCUUCUGUUCCAGAAUGCACAAAACAAUGCAAGUCACAGUGCAGUUUACCGCAAGUCUGUUAAAUCAAAUGUUGACAGCAUAGACAGUAUUUCUCUUUUUUCACCCAGAUUAGUUCUGGCCGAUAUUCUCUCUCAAAAUUUUUUUAAUUCUCAUGAUUGGUGAUGCGUGGGCAGGAAUGAACUACAUUUUAGCCAAAUAUACUACCUCAGUUGUUACAUGUUCAGGUGCUGAUUGCCGUAUUUACCUGUGUAGAAUUUUCCACAUAUUUGGAGUUGGUGCAUAAACGACAGCACCUUGUCAUCAUUUUUUUUAAUUCAUUAAUUUCUUGGUCAUAACUACCAAAAAUGUCCAUAGAU